AUGCCUGUCUACCACGUUGUCCUCUUCCGCCUCAAACCCGGCGUCACCCCCGCUCAAAUCGAAACCUGGAAGGAGGUCUGUAAAGGAAUGGUUGGGAAAAUCCCAGGUCUGCAAUCCAUCCAGAGUGGUCCCCCAUUGCCGAUUAGCAUUCCCCGCGCUCAAGGGUUCGACAUGGGACUUGUUGCUAUCUUGGAUACACCAGAACAUAUUGCUACUUAUGCUGUGCAUCCUGCCCAUCUGGAGGUUCACAAGAUGCGCGAGGAGCUUUGUGAUGAUACCCUGGCUUAUGACCUUGAAUUUUAG